GGUGGCUGUGAGGACUCAAAUUAAUCGAUAUCGUGCACUUGACCAGACUGCCACGACCGCGUCUGCGUCUGAGAGGAAUGUAGGCGACCCUCGUCACAUACUCUUGUCCAACCUUGUCAAAGUUGUUUCGUGCUCUGACGCCUGACUUCUAGGACAAAAUACCGUCUGCUUUUCAACGACUUGAAUUAUGGUUUCCCUAAUUCCUGCUGGGUUUCGCGCUUUGCCACUGUCCGCCGUACAACUCUCUUUAGCAGCUGUUUUAAAAUGUGGCCAGUCAUUUCGCUGGACAAGUUAUCCACUACCCUCGUCCCCUGACGCAGAAUCGUCUCCUACUCACGAGUACCGUCUGUGCCUGAGGGACCGCGUAGUGUGCUUGAGACAGUCUCCCGACUAUCUUUUCUAUCGCUCUGUUUUUCCCGGAGAGCAUCUCUCAGCAGAACAGGAGAGAGUUAGCAACGAAGAAACGUUGAUUUGGCUCAAGGAUUAUUUUCAGCUGGACGUAGACUUGGUAGAGCUCUACAACCAGUGGAGUGACCGAGAUCAAGUCUUCAAUAAACUCAAAUCUCGCUUUUCUGGGAUCCGGAUGUUGAGACAAGAUCCUUGGGAGAACCUGAUAUCCUUCAUUUGCUCUUCUAACAACAACAUACCCCGGAUCACCAAAAUGGUGCACGCUCUUUGCAAACAGUACUCUCCUUCCCUGAUUUCCUUGCCACCUCCCGAACUCAGUGAAAGUGACUGUCAAGUUCCCGCAACGUACCACUCCUUUCCUCCGCCCUCUCUCCUUGCUGCUCCUGGAGUCAAGUCCACUCUUCGGGGUUUGGGCUUUGGCUACCGUGCUGAUUAUAUCCAGCGCACUGCGAAAAUGCUCGUGGAUACUCACGGUUGCUCGAUCUCCAAUACAGGGUCACGAGAGAACUGUGAGGAGUGGUUGACCGGAUUGAGAGACAUGAGCACCGAAGCUGCUCGUGAAGAACUUCUGAAGUUCGUCGGCGUGGGACGCAAGGUAGCAGACUGCGUUCUUCUCAUGAGCUUGGACAAAAGAGAAGUCAUACCAGUGGACACUCAUGUUCACCAGAUUGCUCUUAAGCAUUACGGGCUACGUACCGUAGGCGGCUCCAAAGGAAAAGGUGCCAUGACCCCUCGAAUCUACGAUGAAGUGGCCGCUAAGCUUGCUGAUAUUUGGGGUGAAUAUGCCGGUUGGGCCCAUUCUGUGCUUUUCACGGCGGAUUUGAAAGCCUUUUCUUCGUUCGGCAUUCAACCCUCGACACCUGCUAGGGAUAUGGGUGCCUCAGCGUCGGCAUCGACGUCCUCAUCCAAACGAAAACAUGACGAGACUCGGAACAAGGCUGAGAUGCAGAGAAAAGCCGUGUUGAUGAGUGCUGCUGUGGCUGCUAUAGCCGCUGUCGCCACUGUUGUUGUUGCCGUGCACGAUGACCCCAGUUUGCUCAAGGAUGAGUACUCAGACUCAGACUUAAGUUCAAUUGAGGAGGACGGAAGUUCACCCAGGCCGGAGAAAAGAAGGAAACGAAGUUCUGAUUGAUUGAUAUUUCCUACAUCUAAUAUGGCACUCAUGGGUAACAUAUAUUAGAUCUAUGCUCAUGUGCGCGUCUAUGUGGCUCUUGAUGAGGACGUCUCGAUUUGCCAAAAAAUCCCAAAAACAGCAAGUCAC